AUGGAGCAAUGGGUUGCGAUUGCUGCCCGUCUCGGGUUCAUAGCUGGGGCCAUAUCACUACUCGCUAUAAUAUAUACAGCAGGCUUCUGGAUAUACAACCUGUGGCUGCACCCGUUGAGCAAGUUUCCGGGACCAUGGUUCUGUGCAGUAUCUCGAAUCCCCUACCUGCAUUCUCUGCUGACGGGAAAACACCAUGAGACUGUAUUGCGGCUACACAAGAAAUACGGCCCCGUUGUACGGAUUGCACCAAACGAGCUUGCCUUUAGUAAUUCCGACGCUUGGAAAGAUAUCAUAGGCCACAAGAACAAUGCUGAAGAGUUUGCCAAGUACCGUCCGCAGUAUCGACCGGGUAGAUCUGCAUUUCUACCUCCAGAUAUCUUAUGCGCUGGUCGAGACGAACACGCCGCACUUCGUCGCCAGCUAUCUCACGGAUUUUCAGACAAGUCCAUGCGGGCACAAGAGCCUCGGAUCGUGCAAUUCGUCGAUCUCCUCAUCAAACGCUUACACCAGUGGAGCGACAAUGGAAAGACGCCCUUACGUAUGGACUCGUGGUACAACUUCACCACCUUCGACAUUAUAGGUGAUUUGGCAUUCGGCGACUCUUUUGGUUGCCUCGAAAAUUCCGACUACCACGAGUGGGUCAAAUGCAUUUUCGCAUUGGCUCGUCUCGGGAGUUACUUCCAGGUCGAAGAUUACUACCCUUUCUUGAAGCGCGUCGUCACCCGACUGAUUCCCAACAAGACGCUUGAGAGACAGGACUUCCAUAACAAAAUCAACAGGGCUAAGUUGCAAGCGAGAAUCGAUGCUGGUCCCCGGGAUGACCUUAUUGAAGGAGUUUUAAAGAAGAAGGAUGAGUGGAAUAUGUCGAUCGAGAGGCUAGAGUCGAACAGCACCUUGCUCGUAAUUGCUGGGUCCGAGACAACUGCCACGGUGCUCUCCGGCGUCACCUACUUGCUCACAGCCAAUCCUCAGACCCUCGAGCGUCUGACAAAGGAAGUCCGGUCGACGUUUACCUCUGAAGAUGAGAUUACUAUCGAAUCUGUUAGUAGACUUCAGUACAUGUUGGCUUGCUUAGACGAAGCCCUCCGAAUGUACCCACCUGUUGCGGUUGGUUUGCCAAGAGUCACUCCUGACGAUGGUGCAAUGGUCGCUGGACACUUUGUACCCAAAGGCACUGUGGUUGGCGUCCAUCAUUGGGCUGUGUAUCAUUUGGAAGAAUACUUCAAAGACCCAUUCAACUUUCAUCCAGAACGAUUUUUAGGAGAUCCCAAGUUCGCCAACGACAACAGAAAUAUUUUACAGCCCUUCCAUCUCGGCCCGCGAAAUUGUAUUGGUAGAAAUCUGGCAUAUGCCGAGAUGCGUUUGAUUCUCGCCCGAGUGGUGUACAACUUUGACAUGAAACUUGCGUCUGAAAGCUCCGGCUGGUUGAACCAGCGAUCUUUUGCAUUAUGGGAGAAGAAUCCUUUGCUGGUAUAUCUCACACCCCGGGCUGACCGGGAGAAGCUGCAAAAAUGA